GCUCUGGGACCCGAGGGUAGGCGGCACGGCGGCUGAAGACAAAGGUUCCUCUAAAGCCUGGGUGGGCAACUGGAAGGAGUAACGCCGGCCUAUCCCCGUGCGCCCUGCCGCAGCCUGUGACGAGAGGGCGGCCGGGCCACGCCGACCCACGGCCUCGCCCGCCUGCUCCCGGCUCCCGCUCGCCUCACGAGGACCCACCGAGCGGCGGCCCCGCCCCCGGCGCGCGCGGCGCCUGCCCGCCGGGGGUUGGCGGCGCCGCCAUGGCCGCCGUGCGGGACGUAGAGAUCGACCCCGAGGGCACGUUCAAGUACAUCCUAGUCCGGCUGCAGCGCCCGGGCGGCGGGGAGCGGCGAGACAUCGUCCGCGGCACCAAGGCAGCCGAGUUCCACAAUCAUAUAUUUGAAAAAGUAAAUCCUGAGAUGGAAAAGCUGGGAUAUGAGUGCAAGUGCCUUGGAGGAGGGAAAAUCGAUCAUAAUAGCAAAGACAAGAAAAUUAGGGUAUUUGGGCUCUCCACAGGCUAUGGAAAAGCAGAUCAUUCAGCGACUGUGGAGAUACUGAAAAAAGCGUAUCCAGAUUAUGAAAUUACAUGGUCAGAUGACACGAAAUAAAUUGGCUAUUUAUGAACACAACAAAACCUGGUAACUCUACGAGCUGUACUUAAAUAAAUAAAAUCAAAUGUCUUCUAUGUGUGUUACCAUAAAUCUGGAGUAGCUGGAAUCUGCUGUGAUUUAUAAUAAGGUUAGUAAUCCCCAAAUAUAUCUUACUUUUCAGAUCAUUCUUUUGUGCAGAAUCUGCAGUUCUAAGCCUUUUUCCUCUCCUUUUGACAUGCCAUCUAAUUAAACACUCCCACAGCAUCUUACCUCCCGUUUGUUUUAUCCAAUGCUGUCUAACUGAUAUAUUGUAGGAUACACCAGGAUUUUGCCAUCAACUUAACACACCACAGGACCAAACCUGUUCCAUUUUUUUUGACCACAGUGUUUUCCGUUUCCUUUAUUGUCUAUUGCUCUUUGGGCUUUUCAAAUUCCUUUAUCCACAUUUACAAAAGUCAGGGGAGGAAGGGGGGGGAGGGGGUGACUAUUACAGGUCUUCAUCAAUGAUCUAAAGCUUUGAUUUACUCCAUGGUUUUGAAAAUUCAGUAUUUGUGUUCCACGCAAGUAAUGAUUGAGAUCUUUUGUGUUCGUGUAAGAUCCUCACCUAGAGCAGACUGAUGGCAAUGUCAAAUUCUGACAAUAUUGAUUCCUCUGUACUUUUAUUCCCUGUGAGUAUGAUACUUUUUUCUUUUAUAGAAAUAAUUAUCUUACAGUUAAUUACCUUCCUGCAAGAGCCAGCACACCUAGGCAGUGUCUGAAUUAACUUACUGCAUGUGUCAUGGCAGGACUUUGCUCUUCAUAUGUUGUGAAGCUACUUGCUACAAUUUUCGCUUUUUUUGUUUUCUGCCAGUCUUCUUUUAAUGCUGUUGUAGAUUUCAGGGAAUAUGCUUUGUUUUUAUGCUUAUAUUGUUGACUUGCAGUCUUUAAGAAGUAUUUCUAUCUAAAUCCCAGUUCUUCCCUUUGUUGUUUCCUACUGCACUCAUCUACCCGUGUCUAGUGGUAUAGAGUGACUUUUCAAUGUUCAUGUGACUCUUAAAGUACAAACUGUGAAAUUUGAGAGGCUUUAGUCAAGUUUAUAUCAC